AUGGGAACUUUGGCUGCCAAAGAGCAGAAGGAUUCCCCUCAAAAUACAAGCGACCACUUCUACAUUCGCAUCAAUGCUAAGUGGAUUGCAGUGGCGCAUGGGGUUUUUGCUUUGACUGCUUUUCUCGGUGCAUUGGUGGUCGGCUGCUACCUUCACUACGAGAAAAUCGUCGAAAACGCUAGCUAUGGAUACCCUGAUGAGUGGUUUCCAUCUGUUAGUGCUACGAUUGGCGAUAGAUAUCCAGAGAGAUCGGUGUUUCAAAUUUUUAUUGCAGUAACCUCCGGGCCUCGGUUUUUGCUAAUUUUUACCAAUUUCCUUGUUUUGUAUCACGAGGGCCAUAAGAAAGCAUGGACGAUGUUGAUUUCUGGAUUGUUGAGAACCUUCACAUGUGGUGGUUGGGUAUACAUCACUUCCACAGACGAUCACGACGCCCACGAUGUGUUUAUGAUCAGUUACAUUGUGCUCACGAUCCCUUGGACCAUUUGUAUGUCUUCAUUGUCUAAAAAAGGCAGUUUGGCAAAGAAGGGCCGUGUUUUGACUGCCUUGUCUUUCUUCGGUCUGCUUGUGCCCUUGGUCUACUUUUUCAUCCAGCACAAGGUCCACGUCAUUGCUGGUGCCUACUCCUACUAUGCCUACAUUGAAUGGUCUUUGAUUUUCCUCGACGUUGCGUUCGACACCUGGUCAUAUUUAGACUUUUCAAGCAUUGAGCUUAGAGUACUCGGCGCUUCGGUCGAUCUAAUUGCCGCAGAGACCCAAAAGGUUGAAAAGACCAAGAGAGCUUCAAUCGAUGAAGACUUUGACUUGGCUACUUUCGUUGUCAAUACCAUCAAUUCCUCCACAUUGAUGACAGGCAUCACUGCUAUGUUUGCAUGUGUGUGGUAUUUCCCCUUGUGGCACAUGGGCGUAUCGGGCUACGAGGCAGUUAUUAUCGUCAUGUUCAUUGCUCCAAUUUUUGCGCUUCCAUUGCGUCCAAUUAUUGCAGCGUACCCAUUCAUUCCAAGAGCUGCUGCAGUGAUACUCACUGUAGGAGCUUGGAAAGUGCCUGACCCUGCAAAUCGUCUUAUGACUGUUAGUGCUGGUGUCGGGUUCUCAGUUCUCGGGUUGACGAAUGAGUUGAUGAGCUUACAAAGCAACCCCAAGAGAUUCACUUCGUACUUUGUUUCAUUAUUUUUGGGUGUUUUAUCGUCAUCUGCCGUCAAGUACCUUUGCUGCUCGAAUAAUCCAGCUUGGCCAAUAAUGCACAAGGAGAACGGUGGAUACAACGAGCUUGCAUUUUUUAUUACGAUGAUAGCUGCCUUGUUCACUCGCCCUCCCAAAAAGUUGCCUGAGGAUCUCUCCUUCAAACCACAAGGGGGCUCAUUCUUGCUCGCUGCAUUGGGUUUGGCUGGGUAUCUCUUUUCCCUCACUGCUUUUUUCUCCGACUCGUCAAUUUUUGUAAUUUGGUCUUGGACUGGUUUCCCUAUCAAGGGUCCAACACCCGUCAUUGGCGGCUUGAUACACUUCGCAGCAGCUUUUGCAGGAGUCAUUACCUCCAUUAGAUUCCACCCCAAUAUUCUCGCUCAGCCAAUUUUCACAUUGGUGGGCGCAUUGGCUUCCGGCUUCGUGUUCUACGCUUUCCCUGACUGGUUGGGGUUUGCCGGCUCCACAGUGUUCACUUUCUUCAUCGCAUCCAUUACUCCUACCGUUGCUCAGUCUGUCUUGGGGUACUGUCCAAUCAAACUUCUUAUCACGGCCUACUUCAUUCACAUAGGUCUUUGCUUCAUGUCUGUUUGGAUUGUUGCAUAUGCUUUCGUGCCUGGAGGACCAAUGCUCAGAGAGAGGUCUGACAUCAUGGUGGGGAUUACCGUGAUCAGCGUGGCUCUUGCAGUUUUGAAUUAUCUUCUUCGUAAGUCUGCCUCCAAAAUCACUCGUAUCGAGGUGACGGGUGGGAAGCUUUUGAAGAAUGCAAUUCUUAUAAUAACGGUCUUGACGGCCAUCAUCAGCACUGGCUUCACUAGCAGGUAUCAGUCAUCUGCUCCGCAACCAUACAAAGCUGAUACUAGAUCCUUCACUGCCGGCAUUUGGUGCGUUCACUUUGGUUUAGACAAUGAUCUUUGGGCAAGUGAAAUCCGUAUGAGCAACUUGCUUAGAGAAGCUGAGGUCGAUAUCAUCGGGUUGCUAGAGACCGACACUGAGCGUCUUAUCGGUGGGAAUAGAGAUUUCGUGCAGAGAAUGGCAGAGGAGUUGGGAAUGUAUGCUGACUACGGCCCUGGCCCAAACAAACACACUUGGGGUGCUGCCUUGCUUUCCAAAUUUCCAAUUUUGGAAUCAGAGCAUCAUCUCUUGCCCUCCCCUAUGGGUGAAUUGGCACCAGCAAUCAAAGCAACUUUAGACAUUUACGGUGAAUUGAUCGACGUGGUAGUGUUCCACUCUGGUCAAGAAGAAGAUCCUGAAGAUCGUCGCUUGCAGAGCUUAUACCUCGAAGAGUUGAUGGGCAACUCGCAAAGACCCAUGGUGCUUCUCAGUUAUCUAGUCACCGAGCCAUUACAGGGUAACUACUUCACCUACUCCAGCGAGAAAUCUAGAAUGCAUGAUAUCGAUUCCACCGACUGGGACAGAUGGUGUGAGUAUAUCAUGUUCCGUGACCUCAAGAAGGUUGCCUACGCUAGAAUCUCUAGAUCCACUAUCACCGACACGGAGCUUCAAAUCGCCAAGUUCAAGUUCCUUACUGGCGAACAAACACAGUUAGGGGACGACUUCAUAUAUGGCAACCACUUCAUCAGCGAGGACGAAGUGAGCCCUGAUCUCAGUAUGCCCUCUCUUUUCAGAGGAGAAGGCGUGAGAGGACACAGGUACCACGUUUUUGACGAGCCCCGCUACUUUGCCGAAAGCGCCGAUCAGGUUGCGCAUUAG